AGUUGUCAUGGUAACGGUGCUUCGCUUGGUGUGUCGGAAAUGAGAGGUCGGGCUGUAAAGGAACGUUGUUUAAAUGUGUUGCUGUCCCAGAGCGUGUAACUUAUUAUCGUAGGGCACCUUUUCAUUUUUCUGUCAGUACAUUACAUUUUGGCACUCUGUGUCACGUUGUUUCGUUUAGGCCCGACAAGACCGCACGAUCCUCGUCUUUUCCUUGAUGGACCAGUACAGCAUUCUGGGUCGCAUCGGCGAAGGGGCUCACGGCAUUGUAUUCAAAGCUAAGCAUAUCGAGACAGGAGAAACAGUUGCUCUCAAGAAGGUUGCACUGAGAAAACUAGAAGAUGGGAUCCCCAACCAAGCUUUGAGAGAAAUUAAAGCACUGCAGGAGAUUGAAGACAACCAAUAUGUGGUGAAGCUGAAAAAUGUUUUUCCUCAUGGCACAGGCUUUGUACUGGUCUUUGAAUACAUGCUAUCGGACUUGUCUGAGGUCAUUCGGAAUUCUGACAGGCCACUCACGGAAUCACAAGUUAAAGGAUACAUGAUGAUGCUUCUGAAGGGAGUAGCUUUCUGUCAUGAAAACUUUAUCAUGCAUCGGGAUCUGAAACCUGCUAACCUCCUAAUAAGUUCAAUGGGUCACUUAAAGAUUGCUGAUUUUGGACUUGCGAGGGUAUUUUCAAAUGAGGGGGACAGACUCUACAGUCACCAGGUGGCCACCAGAUGGUAUCGUGCUCCUGAGCUUCUUUAUGGAGCUCGUAAGUAUGAUGAAGGUGUGGAUUUGUGGGCUGUUGGCUGCAUUUUUGGAGAGCUGCUCAACAAUUCGCCUCUUUUCCCAGGAGAAAAUGACAUUGAGCAACUUUGCUGUGUCUUGCGAGUUCUGGGCACCCCUAAUGAAAGAAUCUGGCCAGAGAUCACAGAGCUACCAGACUAUAACAAAAUCACAUUUAGAGAAAACCCUCCCAUUCCUUUAGAGCAAAUUGUUCCAGAUGCUACACUGCAGGCUGUGGAUCUGCUGAAGAGGUUCUUAGUGUAUCCUGCCAAAAAGAGGAUCAGAGCCAAGCAGGCACUACUGCACCCAUACUUUUUCACAGAGCCUCUUCCUGCUCACCAUUCAGAGCUUCCAAUUCCUCAAAGGAGUAGCAAGAAGUCCCGCCAGCAUCUUCAGCAUCCCUACGAGUUUACUGUGGACCAGCCCAUUGAGGAGAGUCUAGUUGAUCCACAGCUAAUAUGUAGACAUGCAGAGGUGCUACUUUGACAAAUUCCAGAUCUCAAAUUGACCAAAAUGCCUCCAAAUAAAUUUGUAUUCUUUUUAGCCAUUA